CUCCCCGCUCCGCUCCUCUCCGGUCUUCACAAGUCUUUUCUUUCUCUUCCCCACCCGUUCCCCCCACGCCACCGUCGUCCCGUCCCCCCGUCAAACCCCAGCCGCGGUCUCCCGCGGCAGCCCCGCCCCGCUCCCCAUUCCGCUCUCCCACCCAACCUGCGACCGCUGCCGCUCCCGCUCCCGCUCAAGAAGAAAAAAACCCGAGCUUGGCGAGCCCCGCCUGCCGGACGGAGAGCUGGUGGUCGGCGGCGGCGAGACGGAGGGCAUGGCGGGGCGCGCGGCGGUGCGGAGCUGCGUGCAGACGGCGCUCAAGGCGGCCAACUCCGUCGUGGGGCUCGCCGGGAUGGCCGUCAUCCUCUACGCGCUCUGGGUGCUCCGCGCCUGGUCCCAGCAGGCCGCCGGCCACCUCCCCGCCCCCUGGUUUAUCUACACUCUUCUCAGCCUGGGGAUCAUCAUGUGCUUGCUGACCUGCUCUGGCCAUAUCGCCGCCGAAACGGCAAACAGCCCCUGCCUGUCUUGUCACAUGAUCUUUGUAUUUUUGCUUGUUAUACUGGAGGCUGCAAUCGCCGCUGAUGUAUUUCUGAAUAGCUACUGGGAGGAGGAUUUCCCAGAUGACCCAUCCGGGAAGUUUGAUGAAUUCAAGCAUUUCGUGAGAUCAAAUUUUGACAUUUGUGAAUGGGUAGCCCUCUCGGUGGUGGCUGCUCAGGCGCUGUCAAUCAUUCUUGCGAUGGUACUCAGGGCCCUUGGCCCCGACAAUGAAAUCGAAUACGACAGUGACGAUGAUGCAGUGCCCGCAAGGCUGCCUCUCCUAAGGAACAAGCCCCAGCAUGGUCCAAACUAUGGUGAACCUAACUCACCUCGCAGGAUUGAUUCAUGGCAUGUGCGAAUCUUAGACAAGGCCAACCAACAAUAAGAUUCUUCUGACCUUACAUGUCGAAAACCCUCCGGAAGGUUUCGCUGUCCUGAUCCCUGAGGGUUACGACCGACCUGAGGAUAUGAUGAUACUUUUUCUCUGCAGUAGUAGUGAGGAUUGGUACGACGACGGUGUGGUACCCGAAUGGCUUUUAUUGCCUUUCGACAUGCGCAAGUAUUUGAGUAGCAUGUGACUAAUCUUACAGCCCCUCCCCUGAUGUAUGCGAAGAAUGUUGUAAAAUGUUUCACAAAUAGAUGAUGGAUUGAUGCAAUGUCUUACCCAAUACAAAAAGAAAAUCACCCUGAUA